AUGAAUAUUGGCAAGAAACAAGCCUUCAAGCGUCGAUUCAACUUCUGGACAGCACUAGGCAUUACCUUCUGCGUUACUAGCACUUGGGCAGCCAUCAACGGUGUCGUUUUCCAAGCGUUGGUUCUUGCUGGGCCAGUCGGUCUUCUUUAUGGGUAUAUCCUCUGCGCUGCGGCUAUGACUUGUGUGGCAGCUUCACUGGCAGAGUUCGCAAGAGUCAGCAUCUGGCCCUCUUCAGGUGCUCAGUAUCACUGGGUUGCUGAACUCGCUCCUAAAAGGUGGAGAGGCGAAUUGUCGUGGUUUGCUGGAUGGGCCACGUUUGGCGGCGCCUGGUGUGCUACUGUCUUGUGUGCAAUUAGCGUGUGCAUACAAUCACAGGCGUAUGCCAUCAUCUACUAUCCGGAUUACACCGCUCAACGAUGGCACGUAUAUUUGAUAUACCUCCUUGUAUGCUCGAUCUAUCUAUGCAUCAAUCUGUUUGGCGUAAAAUGGCUGAACGCUCUUAACUGGUUUGGUAUGGGUAUACACGUCACUGGUUUCCUGACCACCGUAAUUGUUGUUGCAGUGACGACAAAGAAUAAGCAGCCCUCCUCCUAUGUCUUUACCACGUUUCAGAACGGAGCAGGUUGGAAAAGUAACGGAGUUGCUUUCUGUAUCAGCAUCAUGACUUCUAUGAAUGGAUUUUCCGGCAUUGAGUCUGCAGCUCAUUUUGCAGAAGAAAUCCAAGAUGCACCUCUCAGUUUGCCACGCGCAAUGUUCUGGACAGUGGCUUUCAACUCUAUAAUUACGCUCCCAUGGAUUAUUCUCCUCUUGUAUUCCAUCGGUGACCUCAGCGCGGUGCUCGCUAGUCCUAUUGCCCAAUCCUCUGCGAUAACUCAGGUCUUCGCGAACUCGUUUGGCGUUCACGGUGCUAUAGCUCUCUCCAGCUUGGCAACGUACUUGGCCUUUCUCGGUGGCGCUGAUUCAAUGGGGUCUUGCGCUCGCACGAUCUGGGCAAUGGCCAGAGAUGAUGCAUUUCCAGCACCAUAUCGCAAGAUCCAUAAAACCCUUGACGUCCCCGUCUAUCCCCUCCUGACUGUAUACGUCACCCAGAUCUUGGUCGGUAUGAUUUAUAUCUGGAAUACCACCGCAUUCUUCGGCAUCACAUCUGGGGGCAUCGCCUUGUUCACCAUCUCUUAUGCUCUGCCGAUCGGCCUACAAAUCUUCCAUGGCCGACACAACCCCGAUAUAUUCCCUGGACCUUGGAGCCUCGGACGUCUUGGUCUCCCCGUCAAUAUCCUGGCAUUUAUCUGGCUCAUCUUCAUCACAGUGUUUCUGUGCUUCCCAAUCUACUAUCCGGUUACUCCUAAGAAUAUGAAUUAUGCUUCUCUUAUCGUCGGUUCAUUCGGGGUUUUGUCGUCCAGUAUCUACUUUCUUUACGGGCGCGGGCGCUUCUAUGGCCCGAUCGUUGAAGUGAACCUUGGCGUUACAGUGGACGAUGUCUCCUCGCAAGGGGCAACGGAGGAGUCGACCCAGCCCCGUGUAGGGAAAAUUGCAGAGGAGGAGAAGUCCAAUGCCACCUGGAAGGCUGCAUAG